ACUUCAGCGGUAGCCCAACGCGCCCCGCCGCCUGUCGCCCACAACAGCCCGCAUCAUCAUCAUCAUCAUCAUCAUCACCACCAUCAUCAUCAUCAUCAUCAUCAUCAUCAUCAGCAGCAGCAUCAGUGUGAUGAAGCAGCGGAGGACGGAGACCUUCCUGCUCUGAGACACUGGAUCAGCCCGCAGACAGGAUGACCGAGGUGAUGAACUCUCUGGAGCCCGGGACGGAGGACUUCAGCGGGGGAGGAGCAGGAGGAGAGCAGGCCACACUCUUCCCAGAUACCCAUGAAAGGUAUCCAAAGUUGUCCAAGAGGCUUCCCUCCAUCGUGGUGGAGCCGACGGACGGAGCUGAGGUGGAGAGCGGGGAGCUCCGCUGGCCGCCGGACGAGCCGAGCUCUGCGGACGCCCAAACUGAGAGACAGAGUGCAGAGGAACAGACUGCAGAUGAGGAGCAGUCGAGUGUCGGGGUGGAUGAAGAGGCUUCAGAGGCGGAGACGCAGGACUCCAACUGAGCAAACUCUCCUCCUGCAAG